UAAAAAGCGGGGGUACAGGAAAUUAAAUACAUAUCCCGUGAUAUCAACUCGUAGUUUAUUAAUCGAUGAUCACUCAACGUAUCUACAGCUUCCUGAAACGACUUCCAAGGGUUACUUGAAGAAAUUGAAUCGCCUUCAAAAUUAACGUGGUAUUAGUUAUCACCAGUUUGACAAGUGUGGUUUUUCCCCUCGUUUCAUUCUAACGUUCAACCUCUCGCCAUGGCUGCUAUUAAAUUGUUGCAUAUACAGUUGUGGGUUACAAUGGUUUCAUAUGCCAGUCACUUUACAUGGACUCAUGAUGUACUGGCAGAUAGUUAUGAAACGCAGGUUUUUGAAACAGGGUUUCCCUUACCUGAAGCUAUUGAUCCGAAUGUUCACACGUUUCAAGAUCUUGUCUGCCACAGUCGCGCAUUUGUGGAUAAUUCUUUACUGAUAAGAUAUAUGGCUUCUACAAGCAGACUAAUGGUAACUCUUCCGCGCGCUUUUGGCAAAAGCAUCAACUUAGAUAUGAUUAAAUAUUUUUACCAAAUGGAAGUUGAUAAAGCCACCCUAAAACCAAUACCUCGAGAAGAAACGAAGUCGUAUAAGACAUUCGAAAUGGGCAUGAUGUAUUGCGAUGGUAAAUUCGAAAAAUUGAAGGAUACAUUUCUGAUUAGUGGUUACAAGAAUGAACGUUUUUUUAGACAGCUAGGCUCAGUCCCUGUAGUGCGCCUCAAUAUUGGCCAGCCAACGUUGUUCGAGUCUUUAAAGGAUGUCUAUGAAGGAGUAAAAGAAGUAAUUCGAGAAACAAUCAACGACCACAGCUAUAUAAUGAACGUUUCAUACGCCAACAUCGAUGCAAAAGUUAAGAAUUGUCAAAAUAUGUUUAGAAGCCUAGAAGAAUCAUUAAACAGCGACACCGGAGAUGGGAACAUGAUGUCUGAUGUUAUACCACAAUUAAUCGAUUUGUUGUACAAAAUAUUUGAUAGAAAGGUAUUUGUAAUAAUCGACGAAUACGACGCUAUUCUAAAUGAAGUUUAUUUCGGUACUUCGACGCUUAAUGAAACUGAAAUGACUGCCGUUGCAGCAUUUUUUGCAGACUUUUACAAUGCUAUAGUAAAGCAUAACGAAAAUGUUGAACGGGUCUUCAUGACUGGUAUUCUGCGUUGGCAAGGAGGACCUACAAUUUUUUCCAGCAUCCUCGAUAGAAUGGAGUUUAAUACAUUGAGCGGAGGCGAUGCCAUUCAUUUUUAUGGUAUGAGUAAUGAUAAUGUUUUGAAAUUAUUAACUAAUGCAGGAUCACACGACGUGUUUGAAAAAGUGGUGGAUCAUUACGGUGGAUAUAACUUCGAGACUCGGCCGAAUCGUACCAGCAAAUUCAACCCUUAUUUGAUAUCAUGUUUCAUCUCACAGAAUGGAAUCCCAAAAGAGAAGAAUUUUUGGACGCAAACGUCCAACACUUCGGCAAUGUUGACGCAUCUUAUAAAAUAUAAAAACUUCAACGAAAACUUCCUGCUUUUAAUCUCAGGUAGAGCAAUCAAACUCGACGCUUACAAAGACAUCGCUACAUUCACCAUUCAGGAUUUUGAAACCUUUUCGAAUGUUAUGCUUAAGGCAAAACAAGCCCACAAAUAUGAAUGGAGUUCGCUGGAAAGCAUUCGGAAUAGGGAUAAUUUCGGAUUUAAUAUCCUGCGCGCGAUUGGUUAUUUAACGGAAACCAACCAUCGUCCUUUUAACUACGAGGAAUCUGAUAUUAACUACGAGGAAUCUGAGGUCUCCUAUUUCAAGAAUAUAUGGGUCAAAGCUACGAAUAAGGAAGUCUUGAAAGCUCUCGCAAUAGACUACGUUUCCAUUUUUACCGGGAAACCUGAUGAAAAUACAGCUCGCAUGAGUAUACAAUGGACAUCUCUUCUUGAAGAUUGUGGCAAUGCACUGACACAAGUUUUUCAAGGCCCUGACCCAGAUUUCAAACAAUUUGCCAUCUCGUUCGAACAACUGAUUAACAUUUUUUUAAAUAUAACGUGCCAGAUCGAAGAUAACGGUGAAAAAGCGUACGCCAAAGAGGACAUUUUUGAGAAAUUGUUAGCAGCUGUAAUCAACCACAGUGUAUAUGACAUCGGCAUAAAACGUCUGGAAACACAACACCAGUUCGAAUACACUAAUGAUACGAGAAGACCAGAUGUAGUUUGUCAGAAACAUAAUGGUGAACUGUUUAUAUUUGAGCUAAAGUAUUGUAGAGGAGAUAGACUGAAUAUGGAGAAGAUCAAAGAUAUGUUGGAAAAUGGCACCACCCAAGCAUCAGGGUAUGCUGAUUGGUAUUUGCACGGAACUGACCAUCAUCUGUAUAAGGCUCCCAAUGCAACUGUAGUAGUUUUACUGGUGACGGGAUAUGAAAAACGAGUCGUGCUGCAAACUUCUACUAAAUUAAAGAAUUACUCGCAUUCCGACGGACUGACAACUGGGAACUACUGGCCAAAUUCAUUCCAUCCGCUAUCAUAAAUUUGUGAACUCUUCUAGAAAGUCCACUACAAAUUUCAACGACAAACCAUUCCUGUCCCUGGAUGAUAAUUGGAAUAAAGUCUUUUGGAGCAUCAUGUGAAAAUAAUAUUCUGAAUAAUCAACCAGAUGUGUUUUCUAAAUUUAUUAUCAUAUCAUCUGUAUUGGAUCCAGAGAUUGAUUAACUGGCCCUUGGAUAUGCUGGAGAACCAAAUUGAUCCAUUUUUCUUCUAAUUUAAGCAACUGAUGAGUCAAUUUGGGUCACCAAAUAUUGGAAAUAAAUUAUGUAACAAUCCUAGUAUACUGUAUGAUCUAAUUUAAUUGACAUUUGUAAUGCAUUUAAAAUCAAAUUUGAAUGUUCCUCUGUGAUAAGUAAUUUAAAAUUAAAAUUCACUCAAUUAAAGUGAUGGAGUAAAAUAAAUUCAAUAUUCGUAGAA